AUGAAGAAAUUAAGGGAUAGUUUACACAUUUUCUUGCCAAAAAAUAAAAGACCAAGUGACAACAACAAAAAUGAAAUAACAGGGGGCACAAUUUACGAAAUUGGGAAUGAAAUUGAAGAGAUAUUUCAAGAAGAUGUAGAAAAUAUAAAAUUUAAGGCAGAUGAUAUAUCAUCAUUUUUUGUAAAAAAUAGUGAAAUUGAGGAGGAAGAAGAGAAAAAAGAAUUUUUAAAUUACGAUGGUUAUAAGACUAACUUAGUAGAUGAUAAUUGUAAUAAUAAUACAUAUGAAGAUGCCAAAGGUCGAAAAACAAAAACAUUAUUUGACCCUUCUACAUGCGGGCCAUAUGUAUGUUGUGUAGUAAUUUUAUCAAAAAAAGAAAAUAUACAAAUUGAAUUUAUACAUCCCAACAUUCAUGAUAUAAAUGAAGGGGAAAUUUUAUUUAAAUCGAAACAAAACAAAAAUAAAAUAAAAAAAAAUAAUAAAAGAAUGAUAACACCAUUUAAUGUGUGGUACAGAUAUAAAGGUGACUGGAAGGAAGAUGUAAAAAUGUUAAUUUUAGAGAGGAUGUAUUUAUUUAAAGAAGUGAAUACUAAAAAUUUUUUAUGUAAUUUUUCGAACAAUAAAUCUAUAAGCAAUAAUAACGAAUAUAAUAUUCUUUACGGACUUAGUGGUAAUAGGUACUACAUAAUAGCAUUAAAUUAUUUGGAAGAUAAUAAAUGUAAAGAAAUUAUGAUAAUAAGUCAAGUGCCAUAUUUUGAUUUUAUAUACAAACAUUUUCUCACUGUUAUGCAAUCCUAUAUAAUGGAAAAAAAGGAUAGCAAAAAGGAAAACAAUGAAAUAAUGGAAGAGGAAAUGGAAAAAACUCAGAUAAGACCGAGCGGGAAAGAUAAAACUAAAAUAGCAGAAAAGGAAAUAGAGAUAAUCACAAUGAUUGAAAACAAAAAAGAUAAAAGUGAAAUAUUUGCAAACGGUAAAACCGAAAUAACUGUAAACAAUAAAACUGCAAUCACUGCUUAUGAGAAUACCAAAAUAAGAGAAAACAGAAAAGAUAAAACAGAAAGCAAGAAGAAAAAAAAGAUUAUAGAAAGAAAUUAUAAAGUAUUAGAACAAUUCAUUGACACCUUUGGAACGCACAGCACAAUAUUUGAUAAAAUCUCAUUUAAUGAUUAUUACGUAAAUUUAGGUAAAGACAUUGAGGAAUUAAACAAUAUGAAAAUAAAAAACAUUUUAAUAUUUUUAAAAGCCGUAUUGUUAGAAAAAAAAAUUGCUAUGUUAUGCUCAAAAAAAGGAAAAGGAUGUAAGAUGUUGCUAUUGUUCUUAUCCUUCAUUCCUGAUAUUAUUAAUUUCGGUUUUAAUAUAAAAAAUUAUGAACGCAAUUUUGAAAAAUGGGAAAAAUUAAAGUUGCCAUUAAUAUUAUUUCACGAAAAAUAUAUCUUAUUAUUACAUAUAAAUAACCUUGAACUGUUUAAUGAGUAUGCUUUUGAAAAAAAUUAUUUGAUAUCAACUAAUAUAGAAAGCGAUGUGUACAAUUUUGUUAAAAAUGAUUUGGACCUUUUUUAUGAUAUCGAUACAGAUGAAUUAGUUAUAAAAAAUAAAAAUUUAAUAGACGCAUUAACAUUAACAAGAUAUGAAAAUAAUUAUUUAAAAAAAAUUCAUUCGUUUUUUACAUAUUUUUUUAAUUUCUCUUCUUUAUUUUUUGAAAAUAUCAAACAAAAUCAUAGCCUAAUAAAUGGGAAAAAUGUGGGCAAUAUUUUGAAUCCACUUCCUGUUGAACAGGAUACGCCGACCUUUUCAAAUUUUUUCGCCAAAAAAGGUGACAAGUCUUUACUUAUGGACGUAGACAAAAAUGGCACCACUAACUGUAGUGUUAUUAAUGCUAGAAACGGAAGUGAUAUAUGCAAAGGGAAUGAUUAUCACUGUGCAUUUAACGAGGGGAACUGUGAUAACAAGACGAGUAUGUCUGAUGAUGCUAUGGGGGGUGAAGGGAUAGGUGUAGGUGAGGGCGCCUGUCCGAGGGAUAGAAAUAUACUGCAAGGAAAUGCACUAAAAAAUAGAGGCAUAAGUGGAAGCAGAAUUGGCAGCAGAACCGGAAGCAGUGAUAACAGUUCAGAGUGCUACUCCACCAUCUCAACACGAAUAGGACGCGAAGAACAGGAAUACGAAUAUAUUGACGAUGAAGAUGAGGUGAAUAUCAUAAACACUAAAUCUGUAACGCUGAGAAAGAGCGAGUCUUAUCUUUGCCCAGAAAUAAGUGAGAAUAAACUUAAGAACAUAAAAUAUAGUGACAAUGACCAAAGCGAAAUAAAGAAAGACCAAGUAGAAGAAAAAUAUAUUACUGAUUUAAGAAAUCAUUUUCAUAAUUAUUUUAAAGAUUUUUUUUUAUCAAGUAAAGAAAAUUUUGAAGAAGGAAUAAAAGAGAAAAAGGAAGAAUAUGAAAGUAACUAUAAUAUGUCGUUUCUUUCCAUAUGGCAAGAAACGAAAAAUUAUAAUUUUUUUAUUGAAAAGGACUGCAAAAUAAAUAAAUUUUUAAAAAUAGCUGAACAGAACAAUGUGUUAUUUGAUAAAAAGUAUAUGGAAGAUUAUAAAUUUGUCGAUGAUUUGUUAAUAAUUGAAAAAAAGAGAAAAAAAAAUAAUAAUAAUAAAAAAGAGGAAAUAGAUAAAAAUUUAAAGGACAUAUUAUUAAUAUCCUUAAAGGGGUAUAUAUAUGAAGGUACAUAUUGUAUUUUGAAAAAAUGUAAACAAGGAUUAGGAAAAUUUGUAUAUAAUAUAUAUGACAUAACAUUUCAUGGAGAAUGGGAAAAUGAUCAAAUAAAUGGUUCAGGUCAUUUAUUAUAUAAUAAUAAAUUUAAAUAUUUUGGUAAUUUUAAAAAUAAUUUAUUUAAUGGUAAUGGAUUAUAUGUAGAUAAUUUAUUAAAUCAAUAUGAAGGUGAAUUUUUAAAUGGUUCUUUUAAUGGAAAUGGAAAACUUAUAUUUAAUAAAAAUACAUAUAUUGGUAUAUUUAAAAAUAGUAAUUUAAUUGGUAAAGGGAAAAUUUUAUAUCAAAAUGGACUUAUCUAUACAGGAGAAAUUAAAGAUUUUCUACCACAUGGUUAUGGUUUUUUAUCAUACAACAGUUCGACAGUUUUUGAAGGUUAUUUUCUUCAAGGUAAAAAAAAUGGAAAUGGCUUUUUAACCAUAAAUAAUAAUUCUACGUCUAAUGAAAUUUUUUGUAUUGAGGGCAAAUGGAAUAAUGAUAAGCCUGUAUUGAAAAAAAAUUUUAAUGUACUAUUUCCUAACAAAGAUAAAUAUAUAGGAAAAAUUUACAUCUUGUCAUCCAAUUAUGGAGGAAGAUCUAAAUGUCGUAGCUUAAAUAUUGAUGAUACUAUAUCUGAAAAUAUAAACAGAAAUAUGUUUGAAGUGAAAAAAUUAAUUGCAAAUAAAAUUGCCUUUAUUAAGAAUCAAGACAAGCUUAAUAUUGAUGAAACCCUUAGCCCCCAGAAUGAUGACGAUUCCCUGAUGGAUGGAAAAGUGGACACAACCCACAAAGACGAUGUUAAUACCAUUAUCAGUGCUGAUACGACUGCUAACGUUUGCAGUAAUAGUAAUAAUAAUAAUAGUAGUAGUAGCAGGAGCGAUAGUGCCCCCUCCUUCAGCAGUUGCAAUAUUUUAAAAGGAAAAAAUGCGAAAAGAACAGAAGAUACCAUUCCAAUUUUAACAGAAGGUAAACAAAUUCAAGGGAAACAUUAUCAUCAUCAUCCCCCUUCUGAUGAGAAAAGUAUCGCGCAACAUGCUAAAUUUAUCAAAAAAACCAUGUUAAAAAAAAAACUUGAAACAAUUAUGAAAACAAAAGAAAAAAAAUUGAUGAAGAAAUUUUUCGAAAUAUUAGACAGAAGUUGGAUGUAUAAUACGGAAAGAAAAUUAAAAAAUAAUAAAGAAGUUGUUGAAUAUUUACAACAGAAAAACUUGUUCCUCAUCCCACAUAGAGAAGGGAUAUGUAUAAUACAUAAUAAAAAAAAAAAAGAAAAUUAUGAUGGAAAAUUUUGCUUAGGUAUGAAACACGGCUAUGGUAUAUCCGUUUAUGAUAAUGUAAAUAGAUAUGAAGGAUACUGGUAUAGAGGUAUGAAACAUGGUUAUGGUAUUUUAUAUGAAGGGGAUAAUAUAUACUAUGUUCAUUUUAAUUAUGACAAGUUAAUUGAAAAACAAAAAAUUUUACAUGAACAGUUAAGUAAGUAUAAACCGAAAAAAGAAACUUCCGAUGUUGUAAAAGAAUAUGGAAAUCAUUUUAUAAUAAAUCAACCCUUUUUUGAUUAUAGAAAUUUUUUAUCCUCUACUUUGUGUAACUACCUGUAG